AUGAAAGCAUCCGGAAAAAUAUUUCAUCGCUUCUCUUCUACCUGUAUACUUCUAAGGUUUUUGUCGGUGUGUCCUCCGUACGUCGGAUUACCGAAAUCAAAAUGCACAGGUGGACAGCAUUACACAAAGACCAUGGACAAUGAUAUCCAUUGUACCUACGUAAUGGACAAUCCCAAAGAGCAGCCGUAUCUCCAUGACGGCCUCGGUGGAGCUUACAAAACUCCUCCCUAA